UUCGUCCCCUUUCACCACGAUCUCCUUCUUCUGCGUGUUGUACUGGCGCAGCACGCUCAGGACGUCCGCCAUGGCUUCCGCCUGCUGCCUUCACUCCUUCCUUCUUUCCUUCCUUCAGUCAGUCACUCAAUCUCUCGCGGCUGCCGAGGGCGCGCUCCUUCGUUCAAGGCUCCCCUCACGCGCCCCCGGCCUUCGCUGACAGGAAACAAACAAACCGACCGAGCGCGAGCCGCCGCGCGAGCUGCCUCACGGACCACCCGACUGGCCCAGCCGCCGUCCCGCGCUUGCGCAGAAAGCAGCGAGGCGAGGGGAAAGAGGACCCCAUGGGGCUGCCCUCGCAGACGCCUGCGCGGAAAGAGGACCCAAUCGCCGCCCAGCUUCCUUGGGGUCCUUUUCGAGUUUUGUCCAUGGCGCUGAGAGCGCUGCUGAGGCGGGAGCUGCGUCGCUGCUCUUGGCUCAGGGGAAAUAUUCAGGCAGACCACAGUGAAGACUCUCCGAUACAUUUGAGCAGGGAAUGCAAGAGUGAGUUUGUUGGUUUGAAAGGUUUAACUACCCUGCCAGGAAAAAGAUAUAAUAGCAGAAUGGGAAACAGUCCAUCUAUUACUACAGACUUAUCAAAUACUGCUACUGCUAACCACAUUAAGGAAACUAUCUCAGACAACUGUGUAGUGAUCUUUUCAAAAACAACAUGUUCUUACUGCAACAUGGCCAAGAAGUUAUUCCAUGAUGCAAAUAUAAAUUACACAGCCAUAGAACUGGAUAGAAAAGAAAAUGGCAGUCAGUUUCAGGAUGUUCUUCAUCAAAUGACUGGUGGCAGGACAGUUCCCAGAAUAUUUAUCAAUGGAACCUUUGUUGGAGGUGCUACAGACACUCAGAGACUUCACCAGGAAGGCAGGCUGCUUCCACUAGUUCACCAAUGUCAAAUCCAAAGAGAUGGACGCUCAAGACAGACAUGUAGUCUUCCUUAACCUCAUUUUUGACAGUGUGUUAUUGCUGGGCUCAUAAAGACUCCACAUUUACUUACUCUUCAUUCCUAACCUCAUUUGGUAUCAUGUUUCCUUAAUACAUACAAAACACUUUGACAGCUUUAGAUGGGUUAUAAAGAUCUAGAGUUCUCUCUGCCAGUGAGAUCCCAUCCAGAUGCAUUGACUAUACUCUUAUCCAACAGUGGCAACCAUUUCAUUUAAUAACAACCGUUGCAAGAGUUUCAUGUUUCCAGUGUGCCUAGUGGAUCCAAAAGGUUUGUCAUACGGUUGCAGAUGGAGGUAAAAUGCAGCAGUUAUUCCUCUAUAUUACCAGUUGCUACACCAAAAUAUUUAGUUGCUAGGAUACAAAAGUAAAUGUAAACAGCAACGUUGGUGAAAAAUCAAUCCACUCAAAACAUUUUUCUUCUGAACUUUAAUGAGUAGCAUGUUUUGGUCUUCCACACAACCAAAGCUGCAUGAAAAUAUUUCAAUAUCAAUACAAUUUAUUUAUAAAACUUCCUUUUUGUGGUUGAAUAUGAGAGUGCCAUUUUCCCUCUGCUGUAAAAUUCAGUCAGUGAUCUAUGCAUUGCCAAGAAGCCACUCCUGAUGUUUAGCUCAAUGGUAUUGCAUAUUCCUGGAAUCUUAAAACGUCUCACCUUCAAUUCAGCGUCCUGAAAAAGAUCCUCUUCUAAAAUCAUGGAAGAUAGACAAUUGAGUGCUUGAUAGGUCAGAUUGCUCCAAAGAAUCUAUUUCACACCGCAACGAAGUUCUGAGAUGAUGCAGAACUGCCGUUCCUGCUACCCACAUUCAGGUCUCUUUAGAUUCUAACCAGGACCCAGAUAUAUAUUGGAAACAUUAAUUUAUUGCCAGUAACUGUUCCUUGUUCCUGCUUUUGGUUCCUAAUUUGAGGGAUGGUGAGCAUCCUUUUUCAAUAAAAAAUGGUCACACGGAAAAGGAUUAAGUGUCUCCCUUCUGCUGGUUCUCUGCACAGACACACACACCCCAUCCCCAAGAUGCUGAGAUACAUAAGACCAUAUUAACACGUGGAUUUUUUCCUUAGUGUUUAAUUCUAAGCAUAAAGAAUAGAAAACUGAACUUCCCUGUUUAAUAAUUAGGUGCUUGAGACAGCUUGUGAUAUUAUGUUAUGUAUGUAUGCACUUACCUUUUUCCUAUUUACUUGGAGGUAAAAUAACUUCUUACCAAACCUUUGAAUUUCAAAUCCCUGUACAAUGCCACAAAUACUUUUGAAACUAUCUGGAGUUACCUUUUCCAUUCCAGAAAUGGGAUGACAAGGUUAACUUAUGGUUCUCUUGUGUCCUGACCUACAAGAUCCUGUCUGCUUUGCACAUACAAUAGAAACAAGUAGCCAGAUCAACCUACCAGAUAAAGCCUACAAGAUCAAGUUAUCAGUUCUGGAAAAAUAUUCUGCAGAAACUAAACUGGCAAAACUUCCUUCUUGUAGCAGAAAAAUCUUACAGGGAAUUGAAAAACAUAUUAUCCUUCCAGAAGUGAGAGUCAAAACUAUCAAUUCAUUACUCCUGUGCAGAUUUGAGAUAUGUGAGGCAAUACAGGUAUUAACAGCCUCUCUGUAAGACUGUCAAAUAAUUAACGAAACUCUGCAAAUGACAUAUCUGUCAUCUGAGUGAUCUGGAAGUAUAGGAUAGUUGCACAUGUGUUGAAUAUCAGCGCUGCUAAAAGUAUUAUGUUUGGCCCUUUGUCUUUUCAUAUAUCAUUAUUGCAAUGGUACUUUGCUAAAGCUAAUGGAAACCUACUGAAAAAAGGAAAAUUCUAUAUUCUUUGUGAACUACUGGAUGUUUUCUAUGCAUGCUUAUACGUGUAUUAAAACCAGAACUAAGUAUUUAUCCAAUAUGUUCCAUUGUACACAUCAUUUUAAAAAAAUGCAUUCGGCAAACACCUUUACACUGAACAAGAAUAUUGUGCUUGAUUCAAUCCAAUAGACACUAUUAUUUACAACUGGUCUAUAUAUGCAUUUAGACAUUUUAGUAAAAAAAGCAACCCAAAAAAACCUAGAUUGAUGUGUCAAUAUUACUAUACCUUAACACUUGCCAAAGAAGGAACUGUCCCUUCUCUAUGUUGAGUGGCAGAAGACAAAAGCUUAAUUUGUCCCAGAAGGACCAAAAAAAAGCAUUGAACCCUUCAACUCUCUUUGCUAGGGCAGUGUUUCUGACUUUUUUAAAGGCCUGGGAGUAGAAAUGGCAGUGGUGGCCAGAGGCUGCUGGGUGGCAUUGGUGUUUUCCCCCACAACAGAAUGAAUUUCAACUUACCCAUGGGUCAUAUCACAAUCCAUAAUUUGGUCCCAAAACCUUUCCUCAACUUAUUCGAUGCAAGCACUUCAAUGCAAGUGAAUAAGAGCCUCUGUACUACAUGUAAUACCCACCUGUUAGCCUGACAUAUAUGUAAUACUAUGGAAUAAUGUAGGUCAACAUGACAUUAAGGUGUUUGCUGGAAUGAAAUCUGUAUUUUCAGCUCUAUGAUCCUUAUGAGAUAUCCAUGUUAUAUACAUAGUUUAUGGAUGAAAUAAAAUGUUACUAAUUGGCAACAGA